GCUGCGGGGGAAAGAAAGGAACGAGCAUUUCGGGAUCAGGACAACCACACGAAUUUGACAAGAUCAGAGCUGCAGGAGAAUGGACAGUGAAGUACAGAGAGAUGGAAGGAUCUUGGAUUUGAUUGAUGAUGCUUGGCGAGAAGAUAAGCUGCCCUACGAGGAUGUGGCAAUACCACUGAGUGAGCUUCCUGAGCCUGAGCAGGACAACGGUGGCACCACAGACUCUGUUAAAGAACAAGAGAUGGAGUGGACCGACUUGGCCUUACAGUACCUGCACGAGAACGUCCCCCCCCCCCCCCGUAGGAAACUGACAUCUGGCUCCCUUCUCAUGGACAGAAAUUUUUUAAUACAGAGAUACAGAAUGCUUAAAAAAAAAAAAGGAAAAUAUCACUGCUUAUCUAAAUACUAG